CUCUUCUUCCCCUGGUUCACUCUGUGGAGCCUGUAUUUGGCAGGACCCCUGACGUUGGUGUUACUCUCUGUCUCUCCUGCUGCUGUCUGUACAGAAAUGGCUGCACAGCUGGUCGCGGCUCUGCUGGCUCUCGCCUCCCUCUGUGCUGCGUCUGAAUCCACCGACUGUAAAGAGCUGGUCAAGCCUCUGGUGCUGGACAGUCACAGCCCUAUCUACGGGAAGUGGGUGCUCCACGUCGGUGCGUGGGACCAGCUCGGCCUGAAGAAUGAUUUAAUAUCAGUGAACAGCUCGUGGGUGGAACUGUCAGCGUCCUCAGACACUGGAGUCAUUAGCAUGUACUGGGCCGACCGCCUAGAUACUGAUAAGUGUCUUCAGGGAUCAGCUAAUGCCACCAUCACUGGGAUGACCAGCCACACCACUGUAAACAUCAACGGUCACACUUCAUACCAUGAUGGGAAAUACUACGAGACGUGCACUGACUGCCUCCUGUCUGAAGACACCACCCUGCUGCCGGACGGCAAGUCAAAGGGACGGUAUUUCUUCCUCUUCACACGGACCGGCGCUCUGGAGCCAUCUGAGUUAGAGACGUUCAAGAAGCAGGCGGAGUGUCUGAACUUCCUACCUGAAUAUCGCUUUUUAGGCACAGAUUUGUGUCCAGACGACAGGGAAACCGCUUCACCUCCCGUGGAGAAAACAGAGGACGACGACAGUGACGCUCCGCCGGCUGCAAAGUGAAGCACAGAGAGAAUCGAGGGAAGCACUUAAGCUUAACAUGUGCUAGAUAAUGUGAUUUCAUGUGCUGUAGGUCCAUGUUUUGGUUAGAGUUGCUCUAGUUGAGUCUGAUAGAGUGAUAUUUUUGUAACAGACCUGUCGUUAAUGCCUCCUCUGUUUUCUUGCACUGUGGUAAAUAAAGAAAGAAAGAAGAAGAAA